UUUUAAUACUAAUAACUUUAUUUGAUAAAUGGUCAGAGUUAAUAUUUUAUACAUGUCCUUUGUACUAAUUGUAUGUCGCAUAAAGAUUGUGUCUUCAAUAGUGUUGGAUAUAAAUGAUAUUGUCAAUUCGGGUUUAAAAGUCUUUCAAAGAGUUAAAAAUGGUAUAAUUACAACCAAAGUAUUCUCAAGACCAGGAAUGCCUAUAACUCAAAUACUUAAAGGAAGUAGACCAAUCUGGAAUGGUUACCCUGGUGAAUCCGUUAGGAGCCUUACUUUCAUUACAUCUGAAUGGUCUAGCGAAACAGUUUUAUCUAUUGAAGUAGACAAUCCAGUUAAAGAACCGACCUUAUAUCUGCAUACCUUUUAUAACCACUAUAAAUAUAUUACUAUCCAAAGUUAUAAUCAAAAGAUUAAGCAAAUUCUCAAAGGACCACGUAUAUGUUUUAAAAAACGUAAAAAGGACAAAGGCGAAACAGAUGAUACUGGGGAACCAGAAAAGAAGAUUAGAAGACAACCAAAUGAAACAACUGAACCACCACCACAACAACCAUUAGUACCUGAAACCAUUCAUUUUGAAAUAUCAGAUAGUGAAGAGGAGGAACCUACUACAACAUCUGCCCAACAAUGUCAAGAAGACCAAACUCCCGAACCUACGAAACCAUUAGUACCUGAAACCACUCGUGUGGAGAUUGGAUCAGAUGUCGAUGAGGAAACUGACACAGCAUCUGGACCAUCAGAUGAUGACGAUAGUAACUUAUUAAACGAAUCGCUAUUUGGAGAAGAUGUAGAGAAGUUGUUAGAUCGUGAACUUUCUUCAACUGGACUAUCAAAAACUGAACUUGACUCAAUAUUAGAGGGCGCAACAGAAGAAAAUUAA